AUGGACCGGAACAAGAAAUCUGAUCCCGCAAGGAAGAAAAGGUCGGAGGAGGAAGAGGAGGAGAAAGAUGAGAAUCCGCUGCACCGUGGCAACGCCAUGGGAGACUCGUCUAUCAUGUUCACACAGCAACAGUCACGCCGUGGAAUGUUUCGCAAUCAGUACAUGACGCCCAAGAAGCAGAAAGCGCACGACCAAUGGCUUCUCGACGAGACACAAAGGACAACUGAGUCUAGGGAUAAGUCUAGGGAUAAGGAUAGGGUUAAGGAUACACAAGAGGACCCACCAGUCACGAGUAGGACCAGCCGAUUCCGAGAUUGGUGGAGUCCCAAAAAGAAGGAGGAAGACGCUCAGAGCCAACUGGAGGACGACAAGAAGAACAAUCGCAAGAGCAAUGAGACUAAAGACCAUGGAGGAGACGACGCUGGAAGACUUGAAUGCAUGGAUAGCCUGGGACCGGACCUGGAGGAUGUAGCGCCUCGUCAAAUGACCAGCGUUGGCAUUGGCAUUGGCAUUGACAUUGACGAUCCCAAUGCAAGUUCAUCAUCCAACAUGGGAGGAACUGACGACCAAGGCAUUGGCUUGAGUCUCAGUAGCAUGCUACGACUGGACGAGGGGAUAAACCAGGAUGGAACUGGAUCGGAGAUGGAUCUAGACAAGGAGGCGGAGCUGCAGGGGCUGGAGCCGCUGGAGCCGCUGCUGCAGGGAUGGCAGGAGCUGUUGCAGGUGCCGGAGCAGCUGCACAAGCUGGAGUAG